AUGGAGAGCAAGUUUCACGGUUUAACAAGAACUGAUCUUCGCCGUAUGGCAUUCAUGCUAGCAAAGCGAAACAAUUUGCAGAAUCCCUUCGGUGAAUCAGGUUUGGCUGGAAAAAAGUGGUUAAAGUUAUUUUUAAAUCGUCAUAAAGAUAAAAUUUCGAUAAGAGGACCAACUGGUACAUCAUUUGCCAGAGUAUUUGGAUUUGAUAAAGAAAAAGUGGAAGCCUUUUUCAACCUCCUUAAAGAGCUUUACACUGAAAAUAACUAUCCACCAAAUCGUAUUUACAACGUGGAUGAAUCAGGCCUAACAAUAGUACAAAGUAAGAUACCACAAAUCAUCGGUCACAAAGGUAAACGCCAGGUAGCUGCACUGACUUCAGCAGAAAGAGGAUCUCUGAUGACAAUAGUUGUUUGUAUGAAUGUUACUGGUCAUUUUGUGCCACCGUUCAUUAUUUUUCCCAGAAAAAAUAUGAGUGCUCAGUUAAUAAGAGGCUGUCCUCCAGGAUCAGUCGGAGUUGCAUAUCCAUCAGGGUGGAUACAAAUGAACAUCUUUACAGACUGGUUCAAGCACUUUAUUCAACACACCAACCCGACUCCUGAAUCGAGGGUUUUACUGAUACUAGAUGGACACUAUAGUCAUACUCACAAUAUCAAUAUAAUAGAUAUUGCUAGGGAAAAUAACGUGGACAUAUUUUCGUUACCUCCUCAUACGACUCAUAAAUUGCAGCCGUUAUAUAAGACUUUCAUGGGCCCUUUAAAAACAUACUAUAGUGAGGAAAUACGCAUGUGGAUUAGAGACAACAGCAGACCUCAAGUCCAUAUGAUAUUGUGGAGCUGUUUGGCAAAUCCUAUUUGA